CUUGAAGAAGCUACAAAUUAAAAACAAGACAGUAGGCCGUGGGGACAUUUCCCACCAACCAAUGGCUAGAGCCACCAUUGGCAUCCGCCAUCUCAAAUACCUCUCUAAUUCCCCUCCUCCCUUUCACGUCACCUCCACUCUUACAAUGUCGUCCAACAAUGUUCCUCUUGAAGUCAUUGGUGGAGCUAAAGACAAGUUUCUCUCUGCAUUUAAAUCCCUGAAUAAUAAUCCCUACACUGCUUCUCCUAUUGUUGCUUGGAAUCGACAUAUAGAGACUAUAUUUGCAGCUUUUUUUAGGUCUGUUCCUGAUGUUCGUCUCAAGCGAGAGUGUUUGAGGACUAAAGAUGAUGGCUCUGUUGCUCUUGAUUGGGUUUCCGGCGAUGAUCGCCUGUUACCUCCUGACUCCCCGCUGCUCAUUUUGCUUCCAGGUCUGACUGGGGGAAGCGACGACUCGUACGUGAGACAUAUGCUGGUGAGAGCUAGAAACUGGGGUUGGAGAGUUGUGGUGUUCAAUAGCAGAGGCUGUGGAGAUAGUCCUGUCACAACUCCCCAGUUCUAUUCGGCUUCAUUUCUUGGUGAUAUGUAUGAAGUGGUGGCACAUGUCAGCAACCGCUAUCCAGCGGCAAAUUUAUAUGCAAUAGGCUGGUCUCUUGGAGCAAAUAUUCUUGUUCGCUACUUGGGACAGGAAUCUCAUUCUUGCCUUCUCUCUGGUGCUGUUUCCUUGUGCAAUCCUUUCAAUUUGGUCAUUGCAGACGAAGAUUUCCAUAAGGGCUUUAACAAUGUUUAUGACAGAGCAUUAGCAAAUUCUCUGUGCAGAAUUUUCAAAAAGCAUGCUCUACUGUUUGAAGAUAUGGAAGGCGAAUUUAAUAUACCAUUAGCUGCCAAUGCCAAAACUGUCAGAGACUUUGAUGAAGGACUGACACGAGUUUCAUUUGGAUUCAAGUCUGUGGAUGAUUACUAUUCUAACUCAAGCAGUUCAGAUUCCAUUACAAAUGUCUGUACACCUCUGCUUUGUAUCCAAGCUGCAAAUGACCCAAUUGCUCCAGCCAGAGGAAUCCCUCGUAAAGAUAUUGAGGAGAACUCAAACUGUAUGUUGAUUGUCACCCCGAAAGGAGGCCAUCUUGGCUGGGUGGCAGGUCCUGAAGCACCACGAGGAUGUCCAUGGACCGAUCCACAUGUGAUGGACUUCUUGGAGCAUUUAGAACAUGGUAAAUCUGCUUCUGCUGCAUGUGCUAGUGAUCAAGGGACUUUGAACAGCAGUGUUACAGACAAAUUCCAACACCUUGACGUAUAGGCAACAAGUUGUUGAAUUCAAAUAUCUCGUCAUGUUCAUAUAGGCACAUAGCGGUCACUGUCUGAUGAGACAGUAACGUAUGCACAUUUAAGGUAACAAAAAUAAGCUAUAGAGUGUAUCAUAAGUCGUCAAAUUUUGAUAAGGUCUUGGCAUGCUUGUUCUACGACAUGUAGCCCAAGUCUUUGAUUAUUCUCCACACAUACAAGAAUUGACCAACCCACGUUUAAGGAAAUUUUCUAUUUCUAUACUGCUACGAAAUGGUAGAUGUAAAUGACUCUGGUAACUGCAAUUUUAUGCUCCUCAUUGAAGAUGGAGUUGGCUCUAUGACUCUGUAGAAGUUGAGACUAUAGAAUUUACUAAAUACUAUACUGCAUAAAGAUAUUUGUAUUGUACUUACUUCUCUGCUUCAAAAUUUAUGCAAGUGCGUGCUAUUGAUACUA